ACAAUAACGAUUGCUUUCCCUUUUAUUAUUGUCUCUCUUCCAUUGCGCGCGUCAAGAGAGAAUUGUCCCCCUUAGACUGCAAACCCAGCACUGAGAGCGAGGACUAUGCUAGUCUUCGAGACGCUAAGGGGAAAAAAAAAAAACAACAACAAACAACCAAAAAAUUAGUUCUAGAUCUAACUAAACAAACUUAUUUCAUGAAUGGAUAUGAGCGAUGCAGUGUGGCUACUUCCAAUUUACAAUCUGUGAACUAUGAGUGCUAAUGUAACAAAAUAUUUUAUAUGGUUUCACAAAUUAGCAUAUUUUCAUGCUGUCUGAAACUAAAAAUGUCUCAGUGUCAAAGACUUAGUAUAUGUAUGGACGACGCUAAAGGUGAUGUUCAGAUGUCAAGAGCAUUGAAAGGGAUGUCACGAGCAUUGAACUAUUUGUUUGGUAUGCAAGUCAACACUUGUACAGUUUGUCAUUACAGCUCAAGUCAAGAUUAUCCAACGAACAUUUGUGAAUCUUAAUUUAUUCAGGAAUCGACACCAGCGAUUUAUUUGUGAUUAUUACGAGAUGGAAUUAAAUUUUGCUGAAAAUAUACUAUUUUUUAAAAGAAUAAUUGUGUAUUUCUGAAUUAGUGGCAAUGUGAAAAAUUUUAAAUAGUAAUUAUGAUAAUAAUAAUAAUCUUUAGUAUCCAUAAGGAAAUUUAUCUUACAAUUAGGAUGUAUGAAUUAGGCGUGGAGUAUUUAUUAGCACCUUUAUAACAAAGAAACCUGUUACUAAUUGAGGUUCAGACAAUCGCAUUAGUUCAAAUCCUGACAUUUUGAUCCAUCGCUAUCUGACAAGAAGAGAGACUAGUUUCUAUUUUCUUUUGAUCGUCUUGUCAUGUGUCAAUGACGGCCAGUAUUCUGGAAGGCUAUGGAAGCCACGACACCAGGGGUGGACACCAUCUCUGGUCUUCUGACCUGGUCAACGCUGAGCAUGGACACCGACCUCAGCUUCUGGGCCCUUGGUGGUUUUAACGCCAGUAACAUUUCGUUUGGAGUGUACGGGGACGAGGGUACGGCUGGGGAGAACGCAGGAGUGUGGGAUGACCUCUGGCGGGGCAUUCCUUUAGGUAUUGUGCUGACCUUUCUGUGUCUGUUGACCACUGUUGGGAAUAUCUUAGUGCUUCACGCAGUACGGACAGAGAAACGACUUCAGAGUGUGAGCAACUUGUUUAUCGUCAGUCUGGCUGUUGCUGACGUCAUCGUCGGGAUCAUCGUAAUGCCCAUGAGCGCCUUCUACAUCUUCACCGACCGCUGGAUGCUUGGAGUAGCCGUCUGCCAGAUCUGGAUCGGAGUGGACUACACGGCCAGCACGGCCUCCAUACUCAACCUCUUCAUACUCAGCCUGGACCGCUACUGGUCUGUCCGGCAACCCCUCAAAUACUUGCACAAGAGGACCAAGCGAAGGGCGCUGAGCAUGAUCGGGGUGGUGUGGGCUGUGUCCUCCCUGUGGAUCAUUCCCAUCUCCAGCUGGCACUACUUUGCACACGAUGGCGUGCGCACGGUGGAGAACGACAAAUGCGACACGGAGUACGCGAAGAACUCUGCGUUCAAGCUGGUCACCGCCUUUUUCAACUUCUACCUUCCGCUGUCAGUAAUGUACAUUCUAUACUUCAGGAUAUUUAUUGCGAUACGGAGACGGUCAGAGUUUGAGCUGGGUCAGCGCAAUCCUGGAGGCACCGUUCUGUCCUACAAGUCCAACGUGCCCAACUCUGCGGACGAAAGUGAAUGCAACGAUGAUCUUUCGUGCUCCAUUGAUUCGCGCUACGUCGGAAGCCUGGACAUGCGGCCGAGGGAGAACGGUACGCGAAACCAUGUGGCAACCAACGGUCCUAGAAAUUUACGUGUCUUGACUAUGAAGCGGGUCGGUGUGCCGUGCGCUUACAGGGAUUCUAAACCUUUUAAAGUGGAGUACAUUUACGAUGAAAACGUCAUCGACCCGCAGACAGAAAAGAUUGAGAGAUAUUAUUACGAAGACCAUUACCCCAUACCAUGUCUCUCCCGCCCUACGUGGGUAGUUGGUCACGAGAAAAUGGCCACCACAGUUGGCCAUCGCCCGGGCAGAUUGCGAAGCCCAAGAGACUUCUCGUCCCUAAAAGUGCCAUCAACCUCAUCCAUCGCCAGCAGCAGCAGCUCCGCAUCAAAAGACCUACACCAGAUCUCGGUGCCAAACUAUAUGGCAGUGGGAUAUAAGAACAACGCUGUCGUCAAGAGAAGCAUCUUUCGACGGUCUAGGUCUCCGAACCCUCCGUCAACGCUGAAUGACGUUCGAUUGGAAAGCUACAGGAAGUUCCAAUUGGACGAAGCUUCCUUCGCGCCGUCUCUGUACAAAGUCGCUACCAACACAUCAUCCUCUUCCUCCUCCUCCGCCAGCACAUUCGGGGAGGAGAAGCGAAGAAGCAGCGAUGUGUCAAGGGACAUGACUCGCGUGGAGAAGUCGCACCUCAGAGAGAACUACUCCGUGGUUGGAGGGGUACGAAAGCUACGUCAGGUGGAGUCGUUUCUCGACCAAACGGCCGGUCUCGGACUUGCCUCAAACGUAGGCCUGGACAUUUCCUCGGCGAGAAACGUGGAAGACUUCGACAGCGUUCUGCACGACGAGAGAAACAGACGACUCACGGCUGGGGUUACGGGACUGAAAGAGCGGCUAAGGACCAUCCGCCAAAGCUCCUCUCUCAAUAAAGAGAUCAAAGCAGCCAGGCAGCUUGGGGUCAUCAUGGGGGCUUUCACUCUUUGCUUUCUUCCCUACUUCAUCCUUUUCUUAGUGGUGGCCUUCUGUGACAACUGCAUUCGACCGGGCCACCUGACAGCAGCUACCUGGGUGGGCUACCUCAACUCCACGCUUAACCCUUUUCUCUACCCCCUGUGCAAUGCCAAUUUCCGCACCAAGUUUCGCAGCAUGCUUUCCUGCUGCGGCAAGAGUCGAAACAAGUCCCGCAAUGGACACCAGGAGUACUGUGAACGAAACACGGCAUUUAAUUCCAGAUAUGAUUGAUAGAUGAUGAAACGACUUUAGUCAAGUCCAGACUCAAGUGAAGGAAAUCCCCUAUAACUAUCAUAGUUUUUUUUUAAUCAUUUCAUCGCUUUAUUGUUCACUAAUAAAUUGUUCAUUAUUAUUUUGUACACAACUUUCGCACAAAGAAAAUCUAUUUCAACAAUCAUUGU